UAAGUGCAUUGUGACCAUUGUGACCUUUAGCUAUUGAACUGUAUGCACUAACGUAGCUAGGAUUUUAUAUUGGGGAGGGGAGGGCAGCCCACACAACCCACAAUAUGUAUGUAUGAUUUUAUAAAAUUUAAUACAAUAAAAAAGAGGUCCCCGUGGCCCCGACACCCCACCUCACCCUCGCUACGCCACUGACUAAAUGAUACCUUUAUAUCCCACCAAACCGUGUGUUGGUUCUCUAUGACAGAAAUUCAAGCCUGGUAACGUUUCUUCUGGACGUUGGUGUAUUUCUCUCGUUUCAGGUCAUUCUAUAAAGAGCUACAGACAUGAAGACUACUCACUGUAUCCUCACUAUCCAAGGCUUGCUUAUAAUAUGUGAUGUAAACAUGAUGUCAGGGAAUGUCAUUAAAGUCGAUGGUGCGUGGUCGAGUUGGAGGAAACACAAUGAUACCGAUUGUUUGGAGUCUUGCACGCGGCAAGUGUUCAGAAUCAGGGACUGCGACGACCCUCCCCCGUCUGUCACAGGCACGCCCUGCACCGGUAGCCAAGGUUACGCUUAUGAGGAGAAAUGCGUUGGUGGAAAAUGUGUCGAGGGUAAAAGUCCAUCCCAGAUACAAGAAGCGGAGGGUUUCUGGGGCGAAUGGAGGUCAGAUGACGUAGACGCCUGUCCAGCCACGUGUCGUCGCAUGCUGACCUUAAGACGGAAUUGUUCAGGCCCAACUCGUGUGACUGCGUGCACCGGGACGUGGAUAAUGCUAAAGAUGGACUACUGUAAGGGAGACGACUGCACUGAAGUGGACGGUGGCUGGACGCCGUGGCACCCCGACUCCGUACAGGAGGAGUGUUCUCGGGAUUGUUCGCGAAAACUUCGUUUCACACGGACAUGCACGAAUCCAGCUCCGGCCGGAAGAGGAAAAGGAUGCCACGGACCCAUAUCACAGGAGGUCAAGGUCGAUUGUACGGGAGGGCGCUGUGAGACAUUGUAUGGAAGCUGGUCGGUGUGGGAAAGGACUACCACUGGUAUAUGCGUCUCCAACUGUAGCCACCAGGUGACGCUGUCUCGACGCUGUACCCCUCGGCUGUUGUCGGCGUGCGAUGGAGAGGCCGUCGUGACGGUCAGAGAGGAGUGCGUGACGGAUGAAUGUGAUGACCCUGUCUUGAGUUCAGUCGUCGCUACACGCGCAGUUAACGAAAAGCGGGGAGACCUGAUAGUGACUGGUUGCGUGGUGAUCGGCAGUCUCUGUGUUAUGGUGGUCGCGGUUAUCGCCAUGAUCAUAAGAAUGAGGCCGAAGUCUGAGCUGAAGAUGAUCACCAUUGGCGACCAGGAAACGAAGGACUACAAGUUCCAGUACGACAACCCGGUGUUCCUGUCCGAAUCCGCCGUGUCUCAACGAGAGAACAAUACAUCCUGGCCAGGGCAGUAGGAUUCAGUGCCGGGCGGGGGCGGGCGGGGGCGAUCGGGUGCUCAAAACAUUAAGGUUUUUCUUCUGUAUGAUUAUUAAAAAAAGAAGAAGACACCCCCCCCCCCCCAAAAAAAAAAAAACCCCAAAAAAAAAACCCAAAAGACAUUGAAAGUUUUUUCUGUGAACACCCCCCUCACCCCAAGUGCGCCCCCCACUCAAUUUUACGUAUCAUUCUUAUGGACCUACUAACCAAAAUAUCUAUUUCGGUGACAGUGUAAUAAAAUGCAAGUGCACAAG